AUGGCAUCGCCUUACCCUGGUCCCCCUGCAGACUACAACACGGGAGUCUACCAAGUUCAGCCUGGCAUCCAACCCGUGAACCAGGUGGUGGUGGUGCAGCAGCAGCCGCCAUCUGAUGUUCCUGGACAGAUGCAGUGUCCUUACUGCCAAACCAAUGUUGUCACUAAAGUAGAGCAUAAAAAUGGUACGCUCACCUGGCUGAUCUGUGGUGUAUUAGGAGUCUUAAUGAUCUGGCCUUGCUGUUUGAUCCCCUUCUGUGUGAAUGCUUGCAAAGAUGUGGAGCAUUCGUGCCCCACCUGUAACAGGGUCCUGCAUAUCCACAAACGCAUGUGAAGCAGCACUGCAGUGCAAACUCUACUGAAG